UGCGGAUCGGCGUCGAGUGCGCGAGGCAGCGAAAACAAGCCAAUCCGAACGAGACGUGCCCCAAAACGAAAAUAAAAUAAAUAUACAAAUGCAAAGCAGAAUCAAAUGCAAAAGAUAAAAUAGAAAACUAAAAAGUAUAUGUAAAUUAGUUACAGCUGAGACCCAUCAUAAUUAUGUGGAGUUGGCUUCUUCCGCAACCGCAGAAUCUUUAGCCGUCUCUUCUCGUCCGCGAGCCCAUAAAUAAAGCCGAUCUUGGCUCAUUUUUAACGAUCUGCAUAUUUUGGCAACAUAAUUAACGGUGAAAAGAAUGUGAAAAGUAGCGAAUCGUAACGCAAAAGCCAGAAACAAACAAAAAAAAAAGUAUAAAAAAAGAAACACGCGACUGCAAAGAAAGGCGGAAGAAAGAAGCAGAAGGUUUCUACGCGCCUCGAGCGAAUCGCCGUCUCUCAGUUUGAAAUCUCCCGUCCAUCCCAUCGGUGCCUCGAGCAAAUCUUCUGGCCAAAAGCCCCAGUGAAACCGAUAAUGCAAAAGGGGAAGUGCCAAAGAAAACGAGUUAAGUGAGAGCAAAUCUAAAAGAAAGCAUCAUCAUAUCGGAUAUCGCCACUGGGCUCCCAAAUUAAUCGGCCCAAUGAUCGCGAUUAGCGAUAGCACGCUGGGGCAGCGAUUAAUGCGUCUGCUGUUAGCAUUUCUCCUGAUCGAUUUUUGGAACUUAGCUGAUUCUCUGACAGUCGACAAUCAGUUGGUUUCCGCUCGAAAUGACUGCUUCGAGCGGAUUGCACUGGAGGCGAUGCUGCCAUUUGAGAAGACCUUCCGCACCGAAGACACCAACUCGCUGAAGAUGUGCAAGGAGAAGUGCCUGCAGGCGGGCGAGAAGUGUCAGGCCAUCUCGUUCGGUGUUCAUCGACGCGGAAACGGCACUUGUCAGUUGUCGUCGGAGCAGUACGGCUCGGGGGGCGGCGGUCGGCCGGGGGGCGUGAUUUUCGAUCCCGACUUUGAUCUGUACACGCGCAAAACUAACUGCUUCGACUUGAGCGACAACUCGAUUGCCCCCGGUCCGCAGCCCGUUCCCGGACCCAGUCCCAUUUCGCCGGGACCCACGCCAGUGGAUCUGCCCAAUCGACCCCUGGAUGUGGGUAACACACCCGUGCUGGUGGUCAACCCCACGCCCCACACUUCGGGGGGUCCGCCUCCUCCACUGGGACCCUCGUUACCGCCUCCAGGAGUGGGUGAUCGUCUCUACUUCUCGCACGACCUGUACCCCCUCUACAAGUAUCCCACUCUCUACGAGAGCAGCUAUCCCUCGCCCAACGAGGAGGCCUACAUUCCGGGAGGCUAUGCAGCCAAUGCCCCAGAAGUUGAUGAGCGGUAUCGUCCCCACUAUGGACCCAUUGAGCCAGCGGGGGAUGAAGUAAGGCCCACUCCCCACAGCCCUCCGAGACCCAUCUUUGGAUUGGGGUAUGGAAAUGGAUACAGCUACGGUUCCCCGGAGAGAUAUACUCCACCCACGGUCAGGCCAUCGGAUGGUUCCUCGGAGGAGCGACCCAGCUAUGCAGCUCGGCCACCUCGUCCCACGGCUGAUCGACCGGAUUACUCAGCCGGACCACCUCGCCCCACUGCAGACCGUCCGGAUUACUCACCUCGCCCAACCGCUGAUCGUCCAGAUUAUCCACCUCGGCCCACUGCCGAUCGUCCGGAUUACCCACCACGACCUUACGACAGCUCAACACCCUCCUCCUAUGGACCUCGCCCAAGUCCCAACUACGAUCCCCAUCGCGAACCCAGGCCAGAUUUCACCAAUCGACCCGAUCCGCCAUCUCUUUCACCCCACGAUGGCUACGGAAUGGGCGGACCUUCCGCACGACCACCUCCGCCUUACGAGGGUCCACCUCCAUCACGGGAUGAGUACGUCAGGAGGAAUGGCAGUGCCAUGCGACCCGGAGACGGAUACGGAGGCUACGACGAUGACAAGACCAUUGCCACCUACUUCAACCCCGAUGACUUUAUGCAUGGAAACAACAAACGACCAAUGCCUGGCGAUAGAGAUCGUGAUAUGGACAGGGAUCGUGACCGCCUGGGAUAUCCAAUGGAUGAAAUGAAGGCCUGUUUCCGCCGAGUCCUGGCCGGAAAGCGGAUUGCCCCCCACUUCGUGCGCCGCUCCAUUUCCUGCGAGCGGGUGGAGGAGUGCAUGCGGGAGUGCGGACGCGAGAGGCGCUUCAUGUGCGAGGGCUUCAACUACCGACUGGAUCCCUCGGGUCAUGGGCAGGGUGACUGCGAGCUGGUCGAGAUGCCGCUGGCCCAGAUGGACCUGUACUCCAGUCCGGACCGACGGGACGCCAAUCUGCUGAGGCAUCCCGACUACGACUACUACGAAAGGGAUCGCAAUGCGCCGAGCAGUUGUCGGCGAAGUGCUUGCCAGGACUGCUCCAAGGGUCCGGUGAGCAGCCAGCCCGUUUACUUCAAGCCCAGCGGCGGAGGAGGGGGAUACGGGGAUCGGGAUAGGGAUCGGGACAGGGACAGGGAUCACUAUCGGCCGCCGAGCAGCACGGCUGUGGAUCACUACCGGGGUCCUUCGGCUCCUCCGAGCAGCUCCUACGAACACCGACCGCCCUUCUCCGCCGAGUUCCACGGCUCGCACAGCUCCUCCUCCUCCUCCUCAUCUUCCUAUGAGUUCUCUUCGCACGGAUCUGGAUCGAGUUCCGGUUCCAGUUCCGGUUACUUUGGCCACACUCCGCCCAGCAGUUAUGGCGGGGACCAUCCCUAUGUGGACCGCCACGACCCGCCGCAUUAUCGCCCCGGAAGACCAGAUCGUUGGGAAACGCUGCCAAGUAGUUCUGGCUAUGAUAGCUCCGCCUACCGACCUCCACGCCCCGAAACGGAUCGCAUCGACAAGUACCGACCUCCUUAUCGUCCCGGUUCGGACUACUCCCCCUACCGACCGCCAAGUCGUCCUUCGCACAACUACCUAGAUCGCGAUGGAGCAGGACCUCCUGGUCCUCCGGGUUCCUACAAGAAGCCCAACAAGUUCGUGCCCUAUCUGAUUGGCGGCGAGGACAACUGGGGACACUACGGAGGCAGCUACGGCGGGAACAGCAAGCAUUCCUCCUCGUCCUCCUCUUCUUACUGGGGUCUCACUGAGUCGCAGAGGCGCAAGGAUCAGCAGGACUUCAACUACUUCCAGCUGGGAUCACCGCAUCGUGAGUCCAACUCGGUGCUCAGUUAUCCGGGUUCCGGUUACGAGAAGGAUUAUCAUAGGCGACGCAACGAUUACCGCCAGCAGUGGACACGACGACCGGGUCAAGAUGAAUGCUCUGCGAAGACCAGCGAGGGAUUCCGGUUGCACAAGACGGCCGUGAAGCAUGCCUUCAACGUACCCACUUUGACGGAGUGUGAGCGGCUGUGCUCUGAUCAGCGGCCCAGCUUCAUUUGCCACACGUUCAGCUAUCGGUAUAACCAGGCGGGCAGGGACAACUGUAUGCUCUGCGACCGACCCAUCAACAAGCUUGACUACUACGUGGACAUCGAGCCGGAUCGGGACUACGACAUCUACUCCAUGACGGACGACAUGGAUGUGUGCCGACAGCCUCCUCCUCGACGACAGGACACCGUCGGACCCAGUACCGCUCUCUCGGAUCCCAGAAAUGCUCAGUGCUUCUUCCGGGCGAUCGAUGCCACGAGAUUCUUCAAGUCGAUCGUGCGUGACUCUCUAACUGUGAGGUCUGUGGGCGAAUGCGAGAUGGAGUGCAUCCGCUCCACGAAGUUCACCUGCCGGGCCUUUGCCUUCCGAUAUGGUCAGCAGCGGCAUGCCGGGGUCAUCGACAACUGCCAACUGAGCGACUGGCCGGUGAGGGACAUGGACAAGGAGCGACAUCUCAUCCUGGACGCCGCCUUUGACAUUUUCGAGCGAGCGAGUUACGGUCAUGGAUGCGAAAUCCAGCCGAUUGUUGAUGAAAAGCACAAGAAACUUUGCUAUUUGGGCUAUGGAUCACCGGCAAGACUGCUACCUCCUGCCAUCAAGAAGGUGAUUUCGGUGCCCUCGGAAAUGGCCUGCAAGAAGGAGUGCAUUCGUUUCCGGGAAACUACUCCUUUUAAGUGUUUCGCUUUCAGUUAUGGCUCCCAUGCCAGCACCUUCAACUGCGAGCUAUCCGAUCUGGAUCAAACCGAGUUGAAGCAGGAUGUGCACUAUGCGCACACCAAGGACCGCGACUUCUGGCUCUUCGCCUGGAAUCCCUUCGACUGGACCUGUCGUGACAAGGUCAACACCAUUGGCGGAUCGCGGGUCAACAACGAUCGGCGCAUGGACAUCUUCCGGGAACCGGGCGACGUGGCCUGGCGCCAUUACACCGUCUCCGGAAAGCCCUGUCGUCGAAGCAGUCCCUGUGCCAAGAACCUAAUCACUGGCUUCUACUCCUGCGAGACGGACGCCUCCGAGGUGGGAUCCUGGGACUACUGCUGCAAGGCGGACCACCCGUGCGGCUACAGCAAGGGCUUCGAUUAUCCUUGGUGCUUUGUGGGUGACGAGUCGGACCAGUGGCGCAAGUGCAGCGACCGGUACUUCCCCGGCAAGAACGGCACGCAGGCGACGCACUCCCACCUGGGGUUGCCCAGCGGCAAGGAGAAGCAGAAGCAUCCGCACCACUCGCAACCUGCCACGGCGGCCAGCAGCGAGUACAGCCAACAUCCACCGCGACCAGGUGGACUGCAGAGCCUCAGCGACUUCGCUGCCGCUCGGCUGUGGCCGGUGACCUACCUGUACAGUGAGGGCCCGCCUAACGCCACCGAGUUCAGCAACUUUGUCGACUGCAACAAGGAGUCGUGCUAGUGGAGCGGCAACCUAGAUUAGCUGUAGAUGAUUAAGACAUACUUCUGUACAAUAGAUACCCCCCAGAAAAAAGCAAACCCCAAAUCCCAGACAGAUCUACUCGGACCGCGUGGACGUUGUCGUUGUGAUCAUCAUUGAGAUUGGAUACCAUUGUCGUCAGAGCCAAGCGAAACCAAUUAACUUAUUAACUUAACUCCCCUGAAUGUUGAAUGCAACCGUAAUGACAGCUUGCGUGCAGGCAUUCUUUGUACCUUU